AUGUUUCGCUCCAGGAGAGGCACACUCGACUCCAUUCCCUGCUCACCAUAUGGCUUUGACUCGGACUUCGAAAGGCGCGGCAGUGAUCAGUCAAGCACUUCCAUGGCGUUGCCCUACAAGUCCAACACCACGGCAACCUUGACCCAUCUGACGGCACUAUCACCACCACCUGCACCGGCAAGUCCAAAACCGAAACCCGAAAGAACUCAUGUGCGAUUACGAAGCGACUCGGCCCUCUCGAUGCAUACAAUAAAGUCCUCGAUGUUCCGUCAGUACCCAGACAGCAGGUCGGAAAGUCCAGGGAAUUCACCUUGGUACUGGAAGAAGCAGCGGGAUGUCGACGCCGUCAGCAACAACGAUACCAUCUCCUUGGGGGGCACUACGAGUGUGGCCUCGAGCGAGAACGCACAUUAUGUUGGGUCACUCCCCAAUAUCUUUGAUCGUGCGGUGAUUAAGAUGGCCUUCUCGGACCCGGAGGUGGGAAGCAAGCUGCGAGAUUUUGCCAAGGUCAGGAACUAUGCUGUAGACGUGGAGCUUCUGUUGAAGGCGGACCAAUACACCGGUGCUCUUGACACUUUGACAAGCUUAGUCAACCACAUCUCAACUUACUUGGAGAUCCCGGCAACAUCCGCCUUGGAGACUCCUUACACAUAUCCACUUGCUUUCAAGUCAAAUACAAAGCAGUGUGCUCGGAACGCGCUGCCUUCUUUGGAAAGGCUGUACCGCGAAGCCAAGUUUGCCGCCGAAGAACGGCUCGUCAAUGACCUCUAUCCCGAGUUCAUCAAGUCUCAGUUUGCGGACCGUUUGAGGGCUUCUCUAUCUGUCACUCAGCCCUCUUUCUCCAGUCCAUCUAAGUCAACGUACCUUGGCCUGGGCAAUGCUUUCUGUCUUACCGACUCUUGGAAGCCCAAUAACCCUAUCGUUUCUGCCUCGGAAGGGUUCCUGAGAAUGUUUGGAUAUGAGAGACAAGAGGUACUCCAAAAGAAUUGCAGAUUUAUGCAGGGCCACUCCACCAACAGUGACGCAGUUCGUCGGAUACGGAAUGCCAUCUUCACGGGACAAGAACAUACCGAGGUGAUUGUCAACUAUCGCAAAGAUGGAACUCCAUUCUGGAACUUCUUGUUCAUAUGUCCACUCGUGGAAGACGGCAUCGUGCGCUACUAUCUUGGUGGUCAGAUCAACAUAUCGAAGGGUAUGGGUACAGGUCACCGGGAUAUCAUGAACCUUCUCAACUUUGAUACACCCAAAAGGGAGGACUUUUUGCCCAGCGUACCAGUACGAUCUCACGGAAGUCCAACUCAGCGGCUUCCCAUACCCGUUCAAGAGUCGUGUCUCUUAGUCGAGAAACCACCGAUCACACCUCGACGAUCCAACCGACAGCGCCUUUUCGAUCGUUUCAUUUCCAGAAAGAACGUUCCUGACAUCAGCCUUGAAGAGCGCCAAAUAGAAGACCAGACCGCUCUUAUGAAUGCCAGAAAGUCACCAUCGCCCUCGCCCAUGGACGGCUACAUCAAAGACUGGGGCAUGUCGAACCCGUUCCACGACCAUUACCAAGUUGUUGAACCCGAACCGCCCAAACCCGCACCCAGCACACCAACACCUUACUCAUGCUUCUUCGUAAUGCGCUACGUCCCUUCGCCCUCAACCUCCUUCCACAUCUUCCCACAUCAGACCAACGACAAGCGCCACUCCCGACUGCCGCACCUCCCCGUCGCCUUCUGCUCUGCCGAAGCCCUCGACUUCCUCGGCCUGAAAGGUCACGAUUCAUCCAUUGUCCAUUCUCGCUCCAUCUUCUCGCUCCUCGUAUGCGCCACGAGCUCGACCGACUUGGUCGAGAAGACCUUCCGGUCUACCGUACUCGAAAGCAUGGCGACGGGCGAGUCCAUCUCACUGGAGAUAUCAUCGCUUGCUCAUGAUUCCCCGGUGUCCAUCACUACCACUUCUCCUUCUCCUUCAAAAGACAAUAAACCCAUGGAAAAGCCACCCUCUCUCUUCUCCUCAACCCGUGCGCGCAGCCGUAGUAACGUCGGCGGCCGUGAAUCCAGGACAGCAAGAGACGGGGCCAUAUCAGCUUUGUCAGCAGCCAGCUCGAGCUCAAAUAGGGAUCGUGAUCGGCCGUCUACCUCUAGAUUGUUCAGUGACAAGUUGAAGGAGCACCACGGGGGAACCGUGGAGAGACUUGGGAACAUGUUUGCCUUCCGAGGACUCGGAGGAGGCGGAGGUAGUAAGGAUGCAUCAAAGUUGGAAGAAAGCGGUGGAGAUGGACAGGGACAGCAGCUGAAGGGCAAGAAGUUGGUUAGUCACUGGACGGCUUUGAAGGAUGCUGAGGGAAAAGUGGCUUGGGUGGUGCUGAUUUUGUCGCCUGCUGUUGCUGCUGCUGCUGCGUCUUCUCCUUGA